AGAGAGAGGGGGGAGGGGUUUUUGUCUUUUGUCUAUUCCAAUAUUUUAACAUAAACCCAAGAGGGAAGAAUUUCAUUGCGCCCAAGAAAACGAGAGAUCUUUAGCGGUUAGAGAGAGAGAGAGAGAGACAGAGACAGAGACUUAGAGAGAGAUUUGUUGAUGGCUGGUUCUGAUCUGGGUUCCUUCGAUUCCGUCUAGAUCUCCUCCGGCAAGCGAGGUUGCUGGUUCUCCCGGUGCGGAAUUGUCCGAAAUUGGGAUUAGAUUCUCCCCCCCCCGGGGAAAUCUUUGGCUCCCUUUGGCUCAAUCACCAGGAGAAAACCGUUGUCUUUCUUUUUUUUUUUUUUCGAAAAUUUGGGCACUUCGAUCGCACCACACCAACCCGCGAUCGGACAGCUUCCGGAAAGCCGCGAUCGCAUCGAGAGUGUUUUGAGACGACCAUGCGUACCUGAGCUAUGGUUAUGAAGAAGAGUCUGGAUAAUAGAACAAUUGGCUUUCAGGUCCCUGUCGUCCCUCGUGCUCCUAGAUCGGCUAGACAGAGGGGUCGGCAGAAAAAGCGGGCAGAUGGUAAUUAUAUCUGUGCAAUUGAAUUGCUUGCUUCUUUAGCUGGCAAGUUGUUGCAGGAGAGUGAAAGUUCUUCAGCUUCAAACAAUGCAUCUGAAGAAAAUCAUCUGCUUGCCAUUUGUAAGGAUGUCAUUAAGCAGGAAAGGCAAGAUGUGAAUAAACCACUGAAAGCUGAGUGCAUUGAGCAAGCAAGUUGUGAAGAGAGUAACUUUGUGUCUGAACGUGCCUUAGAAAACAAUGAGCAGAAGUUUUCCUUGCAACAAUCACAAUCUCAGCAUGAUGCCUUGUUGGACUCCACUUCAACAUUUUCUGGUUCUGCUAAAUCAGAGAAGGAUAGUUAUUUGAGGCCUGCAAUUUGCAAAAACAAGAUCAGGUAUGGGAUGUCCAGUAAUUUAGCGGGGAUGAUUCCUGGUUUUGCGCCCUCUUUUGGUCUUAAUGUGGAGAAGCCAGGAAAUGGAGAUGUUAAUUUGGCCGAAUGUUUGAAGGAUUCAGUUGAAAAUUCUAGCAAGUAUUCUGCAAUGAUGAACAUAGGUGAUCAAGUCCAGAAGCCACUUUGUGGGAACCCUCAUCCUGUUGCCUCUUUUCCUAGGCGUAGGAAUAACAUUAACAUAGGCAGUAGAGAUGGUGACGAAAACUUCCCUAGGUUUAAUAAAUGUAGCAACAAAAUUAAAGUUUUUAGGCAUACACAACGCAUUGGAGGAGACCGCCGAAUAAGGAAGCUGCUGACAUCCAAAUACUGGAGGGCAGCUCCAAAGUUGAAGGAUUGCGAAACUUCAAAAGCUGAUGGUGAGAUGAAGUCUUUUACUCACAAGAGGAGAACUUUUUACAAACGCGAAAGGUAUAACAGUGACUGCCUUUAUAAGAGGAGGAAGUUACUUGACAGAAGCUCAAUUGUCACUUUUGAUGGAGUCUUCAGUGGUGAAAGCAAUUCUAGUUCACCACAGAAGAACAUGAAUAGUGACAGAAAUGGUUCAAUUGCGAUGAUGCAUGGAGAAAGUGGAACACCCUCAUCAGUCUUUGGUAGCCAAGCAUCCAGUCAUGCGAAGGAUUCUCAUGUGAAAUUUAGCAUCAAGUCCUUCAGAAUACCUGAGCUUUUGAUAGAUGUCCCUGAAACUGCAACUGUAGGUUCGCUGAAGAGGACUGUAGUGGAAGCAGUGAGUGCUAUACUUGGCAGUGGAUUGCGUGUUGGGAUACUGCUCCGUGGAAAGAAGAUUCGAGAUGAUAACAGGACAUUGUUGCAGACAGGCAUAUCUUGUAAAGAGAGUCUUGAUAAUCUUGGUUUCGCAUUGGAGCCCAGCCUUCAAAAAGUUAAUCCAGCCAUUGCUUCUGAAGAUGUUCCCCUGACAGUACCAUAUGACAUGCCUGAACUCUUAACCAGUUCUCCGGAAAAUUGUAUAUCCGAUCCAGGGGUUUCUGAUGUUCCAUCUGACCCACCUCCACUAACAAAUAGCGGCAAUGAUGUAGAUACUAACCCUGAACUCAUUUCCCUGCAUUCCGAUGUUUCAUCUGACAAAAAGAUGUCAGAUUUGAGAGCUCUGGUUCCUUUUACCGCUAUGCCCCUGGAGCCACUAGCUGUUGUCCCACUGAGCCAGAAAAACAAGCGCUCUGAACUUUCACAGCGUCGCAUCAGGAGACCUUUCUCUGUGUCUGAGGUGGAAGCAUUGGUUCAGGCAGUUGAGGAGCUUGGAACUGGCAGGUGGCGUGAUGUUAAAUUACGUGCCUUUGAGAAUGCAGACCACCGGACGUAUGUGGACUUGAAGGAUAAAUGGAAGACAUUGGUCCACACUGCGAGCAUCGCUCCACAACAGAGGAGGGGAGAGCCUGUGCCCCAGGACCUCCUCGACCGCGUCAUGUCUGCCCACGCUUACUGGUCUCAGCAUCAAGCUAAGCAACAGGGGAAGCACCAACCCGCGACUCCGAAGAUAGCCAAUGAGCAGGCUGACAGGAUGGCGAUCGAAGGGAUGUGAGCCGCGGCGCAGGUUGUACAAAAGGUCACGAAUUGUCUGACAGGAUGGCGUUAAUUUCCCGAAAUUGUACAGAUCAUUCAUGUGUAAUUCUCACUCACAUGAUUCUUUGCCGGGUCCUGCUCAAGGGAGCUCGGCAGCUGUAAAUUUUUUCAUCGAAAAACACUUUUGUUAACAGAAGUUAAUUUGCCGCAUUUCUUCAAUUCAGUUCAUGGAAUUUUUUGUAAAGUUCACAUUGACUUGAGAUACAAUUAAUGUAAUUCGUUCUUUCCACGUA